CUGCCACACUGCCAUCGUUGCCACUGCCCACCAACUCUCACCACCGAGUCACCAUGCCUUUCCCUGAGGAUGUCAAGCCCGGCGUCGUCGUCGGCGAGAACCUGCACAAGCUCCUCAAGUACGCCCAGGACGAGGGAUUCGCCAUCCCAGCCGUGAACUGCGUGAGCACCAGCUCCGUCAACGCCGUCCUCGAGGCUGCUGCCAAGGUCAAGUCCCCCGUCAUGCUGCAGGUGUCCAACGGUGGCGCCCAGUUCUUCGCCGGCAAGAGCAUCCCCAACAACGAGCAGCAGGCCUCCAUCGCUGGUGCCAUCAGCUUUGCCUUCCACGCCCGCCUCAUGGCCGAGCACUACGGCGUUCCCGUCAUCCUCCACUCCGACCACUGCGCGGAGAAGCUCCUCCCCUGGCUGGACGGCAUGCUCGACGCUGACGAGACAUACUUCAAGGAGCACGGCGUGCCUCUGUUCUCGUCGCACAUGAUUGACCUGUCUGAGUGCGACAUGGAGAAGAACAUCCGCAUCUCUGGGGAGUACCUGAAGCGGUGCGCGCGCCUGAACAUCCUGCUUGAGAUGGAGAUGGGCAUCACCGGCGGCGAGGAGGACGGCGUCGACAACUCGGAUGUCGACAACGCUGCCCUCUACUCCCAGCCAGAGGACAUCUGGCGCUGCUACAAGCAUCUCUCUGAGAUCAGCCACAACUUCACCAUCGCCGCCGCCUUUGGCAACGUCCACGGCGUGUACAAGCCCGGCAACGUGAAGCUGUCCCCCGAGAUUCUGAAGCACUCGCAGGACUACGUCAAGAAGCAGCUCGGCACCGAGGACGACAAGCCGGUGCUGUUUGUGUUCCACGGCGGCUCUGGCUCUGAGAAGUCGAAGAUCAAGGAGGCCAUCUCCUAUGGCGUGAUCAAGAUGAACAUCGACACAGACACACAGUGGGCAUACUGGAACGGCGUCCGCGAGUACGAGGCAAAGACCCACGACUACCUCCAGGGCCAGAUUGGCAACCCAGAGGGUGAGGACAAGCCCAACAAGAAGAAGUACGACCCGCGCGUGUGGCUGCGCAAGGCCGAGGAGAGCAUGGUGAAGCGCCUUGAGGAGUCGUUUGCCGACCUCAACUGCAUCGGCCGCUACACCCCCGCGGUCAAGGCCAGCCAGUAAACCCUCGGCGCUGUGUGCACAUGCGCUGCUGUCAUGAGCGGUGCAUGCUGCUGCUGUGUACGCGUGCGCGUGUGUUGAUGGCCAAUGAACCGUCCAUGCACUACCCACGCGUGUGCUGUGUGUCCCAACACAACCGUUUCAAUGCAUUUGCUGCUGUUGACUCCCGUUGUUGACAUCUUCCUUUGCCUGGGUGCGUUUUUCUUGUUUCGCCCAACAAACAACAUACACACACCCAAGCCACACCAUCCUCAAUACAACACACCAUACAACCAGCAGCGACACGUUUGUGCAAAGAGAGGGGGUGAUUGGGCAUGAUGCGACACAAACACCACUACACACGCA